GUGCAGAUUUACUCAGUCCAGGAUUCCUGAUCAGUCAGUACCUGGGCAUGAUGCAAGAUCCCGAGAAUAGCACUCAACUUGACGCACCGCAGAGGAUGUUUUCUAUGUUCGACCCGACGACGACUGGAUUACCGCCGAUGACCCAGGAACAGCUGAUCGCUGCUAAUCAAAGAAUGGGUAUGGCUCUACUAUCAGCCGCAAGACUUCCCGUAUCGUUACACGCCAGCCUUGCCGUGUCUCCGUCGAUCUACCCGUCUCCGCAGGAUCUCUUCGGGAGUUGGAUACCGCGAAUCGCAUCUUCGCCGCCUUCUCCUCUUCGCCCACUGCCAGAAGUUUCACCAGCCCCCAAUAUGAAACCCUCGUCCCGGCGCAAUAACAAUAACAACAACAACAAUAAUAACAAUAACGACAACAGUGACAACAACAAUAUGAACGAUGACGAUAGGAUCGUGAGGAGAGGUCGUGCCGCGAAGAGGAAACCCACUAAAUCGAAAGUAGAGGCUGCGACGGAAGGUGCGGACCCGAUCAGUCCUUCGAUCAGUCCUGAGACGACGAAGGAUAGCAAAGAUAAGGUCUUCACUUGUGGAGUGUGCCAGAGAUCUUUCGGAUACAAGCAUGUGCUCCAGAAUCACGAACGCACGCAUACGGGUGAAAAGCCUUUCCAGUGCAGAGAAUGUCAGAAAAGAUUUACCCGGGACCAUCACCUGAAGACGCACAUGCGGCUCCAUACGGGCGAAAAACCUUACAAAUGCAAAUUCUGCGAACGAAAGUUCGUCCAGGUGGCGAAUCUCCGCCGUCAUCUACGCGUGCACACGGGCGAGCGUCCGUACGCUUGCGACAUGUGCACGUCCAGGUUCAGCGACUCGAAUCAGCUGAAGGCGCACAUGCUGAUACACAACAACGAGAAGCCAUUCGAGUGCGAGAGCUGUCAAAUGCGUUUCAGAAGGCGGCACCAUUUGCAGCAGCACAAGUGCGGUAACGGCGCGUCGCAGGAGUCACCGCCAGCCGAGGCCGAGUCAUCCCCGUCGUUGAACAGUGACGAGCUCGACUCGGAGGAAUACGUCGAUGUUGAUGCUGAUGUGGACAUCGACGCGGAGCCGGCGCCGGAAGAGGAACCGGAAGGAAUCGCGCUCAACAGGAAAUACAUCACGCCGAUCCACAGACUGGCUCGUCAUCUACGAAUUAAUCCCGAGCGAAACGGCCCGGUGUACCCUGGCUCGAUGACGCUGAAUCCUCCCCCAGUUGUUUUGCCAGUGCAAACGGAACCCGAGGAUCUGUCUAUGAACAAAUCGUCCUCGCGCAGGUCACACUCUGGCGGCAGCAAUAACUCGUCGUUGAACGCCGAUGUUAGCAACGAGACCAAUCCGGAGGAGGAUGACGAGGAAGACGAAGCGACCAUGUUCCUGAGGCGUUCCCGCACCCCUCGUCAACAAGUCGCCGUAGAAAACGAUCAUCACGCCUCCUAGUGAAGUCACGCCGAGUGGUCCGCAGGAAGAAAUUUCCAUCGAGAUUCUUCGGCGUGACAUCGAUUAUCAUUGGGAAUCGUUAUUUCCCAACGUGCUGCCACACGCGCGACUCGGAUCGAGUGCCGCGCGGGCAUCACAAAAGCGACAGUAUUUCCACGACUCAUCCGAGGUUGCAUCACGGGAUUCGCUCGUUUGAUUUAGAAAACGCAGAGUGGAGAGAAAUACCGAGGAACGACAGCAGCAGCCACCCCUGGGAGGGGGAAAAUGCAUGCUGAAAAACCACCCCCCCUCCCCCGGUACGUUUUCUCCCCGAUGGAGGACUGGCGCGGCGCGCGCGACCUGCAUUCAGCUGUACUCUCUCUAUUCGGAUUUCCAAAAUCUAGGAUUCCAUACACGCGCGAUCAAGCAGCGGGCGAAGCUGCGAGCAUUGCUGAAGGGCUGAAGAGAGGGGUGGCACGACCGUGGCACAGUGACACAUUAUGCUGUAAUAUGGGGGCACGUGCGGCAGAUGCAGCGGAUCGAGUCAGGCUGAAUCGCUCGAAUUCAUAG